GUCAAGAACGCGCGCGUCGCAGAAGCCAGUCUUGCAUUUGCAGCUGAAAAAAUAGUGAUAACGCGAAAAUGGCUCGCUGUUUGCACAGUUUGCGAACCAUAUCGUAAGUGCGUGUGUGUUUCGUGAUCCCCGUGGCAGUAGCACCCACCACCACCGCCACCCCCACUCUGUUAUCUAAUACUCUUGUGCUCGUGUGCUGCUGUUGCGUCGUGUCGCGUCCUGGUUCGCUGGUGGCACAACACAUAUCAGCACAUUCCAAUCGAAAGAGUGCCGUCGGUUGUUGGUUCAGCAGCUGUCAGCCCGGACGAAGAUGGAAAGAAGGGCCCCGUGCGGAUGGUUCAGCACGGUGACGGCCCAGCAGCUCAUCCAGCACGAGGACGUAAUCUGCAUACGCGCGCCCUCACCCUCCAACCUCCGCUAGGGAGCCCCUUCACUUCAUUCGACCCAUUGCUUGACCCGAUACAGGUGGUGGGAAGUUGUGGAGGACGGGUAGGGGAGGCAGUUUUCCGCGCGGGAACCAAGGAAUGGAGCACGGGAGAAGGAGGGUGGCUGUGUUGCUCUUGCCCAAUGCGCCAAAUGGCAAAUGACGUCGCAGCCGCAGGUUGACGAAACAAAAGUGCCCAAUUUUACUGCUAUUUGUCGCCCCAUGGGAGAGGGGGUCGAUAGUGGGUAAGCAAACAAAUCGUGUGUCAUAAAUCGGAUGUAUGUGUGUGUGCGUGUGUAUUUCGCUAGUGAAGAAAAGCAUUUUCUCAUGGAUUUGCGGCAAAAGUAGGCUGCGAUAAAAAAAAACCCGUAAAACACAACAACACAUCAUAUUUCCUCCAAAGCAAAAGCUAAACCGUUGUGGUGUUCGCUCCGGCCCCCAAUGAGCGAACGAUGACGGAGUUUUGUGACGACGUUAUCAAGCUGUUCCCGCUGCGCGCGAUACCGGACGUGAUCAAGCUGUUCCGGCAGCAGCUGAACAAUCGCGAGGAGGAACCGGACCUGACGCUGCUGUCCAUCGUGACCGGGCUGAUCGAACAUUCGCUCACGACGAAGGUGCUCGAGUCGACUGGAGCCGGCUCGUCCACCUCGCACAACAAUAACAACAACAACAACAACCAUGUCGAUGGAGGCAAGGGUGGGACGGCGGCGGUGACCGGUGGAGAUACGACCGGCGGGAACUUUCCCGUGAUACGGUACGACACGGUCGAGGCACUGUACAAGCGGUUCAAGUCCGUGUUGGCCCCGAUCGAGAAGCUGCUGGUAAAGACGACCACCGAUUCGAAGUUCGCUAGCCGGGAAAUUAUCAAGAAGGUGUCGGACAUCAUCUGGAACUCGCUUCUCCGCAGCUCGUACAAGGACCGGGCGCACCUGCAGAGCCUGUAUAGCUACCUGUGCGGCAACAAGCUGGACUGCUUCGGGGUGGCGUUUGCGGUGGUGGCGGGCUGCCAGAUGCUGGGCUACCGGGACGUCCAUCUGGCCAUCUCGGAGGAUCACGUGUGGGUCGUGUUUGGCAAAACGGGCGACGAAACGAUCGAGGUAACGUGGCACGGCAAGGGCGCGGAGGACAAGCGGGGGCAGUCGGUGGCGCCCGGCAUCGAGUCGCAGACGUGGCUGUACGUGGCCGGCCAUCCGGUCGUGUGCAAUCGGUACAUGGAGGUGGCCGCGAUCGUGUCGGCGAUCAAUCCAUCGCUGACGGCGACCAGCGCCUGCCUGGAGGUGGCCGAUCUGCAGCAGCAGCUGCUGUGGCUGCUGUACGAUAUGGGCCACCUGAGGAAGUACCCGAUGGCGCUCGGUUGUCUGGGCGAGCUGGAGGAGGUGGAACCGACGGGCGGGCGGAAAAGCUGCGAAGAGCUGUACAAUGAGUCGGUCCGGUCGGCGCAGACGUACUACCGGAACCAUCACGUGUACCCGUACACGUACCAGGGCGGGUACUACUAUCGGAAGAACAUGUACCGGGAAGCGUUCGCGUCCUGGGCGGACAGCAGCGACGUGAUUCGACUGUACAACUACUCGCGCGACGAUGAGGAAAUAUACAAAGAGUUUCUCGACAUUGCCAACGAGCUGAUCCCGCAGGUGAUGAAGCUGGAAAGCUCGGGCCAUUCGGCCAAAAGCAUACUGCGCGAUGCGUCUUGCUUCGCGAACCUGUUGCGCUUCUACGACGGCAUCUGCAAGUGGGAGGAGGGCAGCCAGACGCCCAUCCUGCACAUUGGCUGGGCGAAACCGCUGGUUGCUACGAUCGCCAAGUUCGAUCACGACAUUCGCUCGCAGGUGAUCAUCAAGUGUGCGGAUCAGGAACCGCAAGCCCAGCACCCAACCCACGGGCAGGAAAAUGGGAGCAAAAAUGGUGCGGACGAUUCGCUGCACCAUCACAACAACAACAACAAUAACAUUGUGAAAGCGGACGCUAACGUGACGAAUGGUGGGCGCGGUGCGAAUGGAAGCAGCGGGGUGAAAGGAAACCCACUGCCGAAAUCGCUCGAAGCGUUGGUGGGAAAGUGCGGCGAGAAGCUGCUGAAUCCCGAGUUUCUUCUGCAAGGUGGCGGACAACCGUUCACUACCGAGGAAAGCGCUCCGUCGUCGGAUGGUGAGGGGACGACAGUUUCGUCGGCGGCGGUAGACACCACCACCGAGGUGAAGCCCGCAAGCAAUGGGAAGCGUGAGGAAGGCGCGACAAAGAAGCAGCAGGAAGGUGAGGAGCCGGAAAAGGGUGUAAAGCCCGAGAAGCAACGGGAGAAGGCCCAAGAACCCGAUGCGGAACCGAAGCGGCCCAUCAUUGUGCUGUACAGCCAGAAGAUGAAGGGGCUGAAGGAUCUGCUGCUGACGGAGAAGCUGAACACGAACGCGAUCUCGCUGCAAAUUACGGCCCAAAGCCAGGUGCAGGUAGGUGGGAAGAAGCUGCGCGGUUCGCAGGUAUCGCUCGGUGGCUCGAUCGGCGGUACCACCGGUGGCACGGUAACCGUAGGCGACGGUAUCGAGGGCAAUACGCGACCGAAACGAGCACGUCGCGAGUAGAGGGAGGGAGAGCGAGAGAGCGACCUUUGGUCAGUAAACAACACUUACAAUGUACGAGGGGUUUGUUUUGCUGCAGUUUAUUUAUGUUUUAAGGCAAUCUUUAAUUUAUUCAUCGCCUGUGUGUAUCUGGCACCGCAGGAAAGCCAGCCAGGAAGGGAAGAAAAAUGGGCCAUUUUACACCACUUCCUCCGCAUUGGCGUAGUAGUGGCGGGCACAUCCGUUUUAUGAUUCCUUUUUUUUACGUCAACGAAUACUUUAAUUUAAUUGCACCAGCCAUUCCAACACACAAAACGACCGCUUCUAGUCGGAACGCACGUUAGUUUUGAGCUACUCAUAAUUCCCGUUUUUUUGUUUGACUAUUUUUAUUUUGGUUAACUUUAAUAUUAUCUGUUAUCUAUUAUUUUUGGAAGUAGUAAUUUGUGUAACUUUUCUUGUCAAAAACCGAAUCCUCCCUUUAUGUUAGCAUACAAUGCACAAUUAAUGUGAGUGUGUUAGUUUACAGUGACACGAUAGAGCGACGAUCUUCAUCCUAUUACAUCCAGUAAAAUGCUGUGUUGUUUAAAUUAUUUAAAACCCUUCUUCUUCGCACCUGAUGAUAAUAAUGCUGGCUCCUCUAUAGUAUUGCUUUUAUUGAAAAAAAUGUGAUUACUUUCUUUACUAAUCGACUAAUCGUUGUUGAAAUUACCCUUAUCCUGUGUGCCCUUGUAAAGUACGGGCGAUCGCCACAUUCACAACAUCAAGUGUCGUGAUAAUAGGUGCUUCAAUGCCAGCGCCAACACGUCUUGACUAUCUAAAGUUUCAUUUAAAAUGUUUUCCAUUGUUGUGUUGCGUUCGGUGAAAGGACGUAGAAAGACGGGGACGGGGAUGAUGAAAUAUUCAUCUUCUUAUUUUAUUCUGGCUGAUAGUUUGUAGAACUAAGGUUAGAACCGAGUAUUAAGUUUUCCUUUGUCACACACUUGCAUGCUUAACUGCAAAAAUGGUGUCAAUGCCUAUGAGGCACGGCGUUAACUUAGUGGUAAUUGGUAUGGAUGAAGAUGGAUGAAGAGAAGGAGCAGACAGAGAGCAUUAACAAUCAAACAACUUUUGCCACUCGCUAUGCAAUAGAUCGUAAUCAAAAAUAUGUUUUGUAAAUAUUCCUAUAGUCUAUAGAAAAGGCAGAAGAAAAAAGUGUGUUUUUGAAGGGACACAUAACUUAUUAUGCAUCAUAUCUGCUAGGGGGGCUCCACACACUGUUCUGUCACACAGGGACCGUGAUUGAUAUAAUAACCGUUCGGUGUGAAUGUUUGUUUAUUUGCCUGCGCGUGCUACUACUAUAUGUUUCGUUUUGUUUUUGGGCUUGUUGUGUUGCUAAAUUGUAUACAAAAUCAAUCUUAAAGAUGAAAGCUUGCCCCCACUUCCUUAGGAAGUUGGGGGAGGGUUUUGUAGCGCGUUCAGUUGCGAGUAGUAUUGCUGCUUCAUCGCAACAUCGAUCGAACGAACAAGACAGAGCGCGAUCGUGAAGCGUGUUGUUGCAUGAGUAUUCGCUGUGGCAUUGUAAAACCUUGUUAAAAGGUGUGAGAAAAUAUUGGCAAAGCCAAAUAAAAAAAAAAUAAGAAGAAACUUAUGAAGUGCGGUGCAUUAA